CAAAAAGAGUCGACUCGUUCAAACGACACAUCACUAGUAUCCAGGCGACACUGUUUCACCUGAGGAGGCUGAAACCUGUGUAACUUCUUCAACUCUACUUGCAACACUUAAUAACCCAACUCUGGAUAAUACUGUGAAUGGGACUUUAUCCAACUGAAGACUAUGGAACCGCUAAAGUUUUCUAGGAUAUAGGAUAUAUCCACGAAUUAUUUCAUAUGAAAUGCUAAGAAAAUUAUAAAAUGACGAACGUCAGCUGUUUCGAGCGGCGUUUCAGACGCACAGUGCCGACGCAUGUAGGAAGCCGCAUCGAACUCAUCACAGCGCCAAUUCACUCUAGAGUGAACGGAUGGUCCUUACCACUGCAUGUUCUCCAGCCAGUGGCGUGGCUCAUCUACAGCUUCAUGGGCAUUGUAGGCUUUGGAAUUUAUAUCCCACUCCUGCCUCAACCAUGGAAGUACAUUUCAUAUGGAGUAAUUGGUACAGCCUUCAUCCUGCACUUGUUGACUCAUCUGGCAGCGGUGACCAUGGACCCGGCCGACUAUGCUGUGCGUGUGAAGAAGGAUUACUCCAGCCCUGUGCCUGUGUUCGACAGGAAGAAACAACCACAUGUCAUACACAAUCAGCACUGUAACCUGUGUGAUGUCGAUGUGGGGCCUAAAGUGAAACACUGCGGCACCUGCAACAAAUGCAUUGCAGAUUUUGACCACCACUGCAAAUGGCUCAACAACUGUGUAGGAAGGAGGAACUACUGGCUGUUUUUCAUGACCGUACUUUCGGCUGUUUGCGGAGUGUUCCUCCUCAUCCUGGUCAUCUCGUUCGUCUUCGUCGAACACUUUGUGAAUCCUGCAAUUCUUCGAACAGCAGCAGCUUUUCAAGCUGUUAAUGGAAGCACGACCUGGUUAGUGUUCCUGCCCGUAGCACCAAUACAGACCAGUUCUACCAGUCUCCUCCUGUUGGCUGUUAUCACUGUCAUCAUCGCACUCGCCUCAUUACUACUGCUGUGCCACUUACUGAUCUUCCACAUAUUCCUGUUAUAUAAAGGCAUGAGCACAUAUGAGUACAUAAUGAACCAGCGGCAGUUGCAGAGCUCCAGGCAGCAGGAGGAAGGAGCCACACAGCCGUCCUCCUCUAAUGGAGCUGCAUCUCAGAUGUCUCUUAGGUGUAAUGCACCAUCGUCAGGCAAAUCAAGUACCUCCAAGUACCAAAACAGAGGACAGUCAACUGUCUCAAGAACCAUCUGUUCUAAGAUGAAACCUCAGUCGGCUGAUUUAGAGAACUGUCCGAACUAUGGUUCAAAAUCAGCAAUGCAAGUGAUACCAGGUGCAGCUCCAGUGGGUUGGAGGGUGAGUAUGAGACAGAUGGAGAGACCAUCGACUGAACAAAGUGAAGACCCUGUUGCUCAGAGUCCUCUCGGCACCUCCAUCGUAGACCCCACUGAGGUUCAUCAGCAGCACAUACAGUACACUGAGCCACAGUAGUGACACCGAACUGCUCGCAAGCUGCUGGAGAGCUACACUGCUGCAAAUAUAUUCAGCCAUUGUGUGGAAACAUGCUGAAAAUGCACAUACAGAAUACACUGUUUUACUGACUGCAAUUUUACAUGCAUACUUUUUUUUUUUUUUUUACAAGCACAGAAUGUGAAAACUCGUCCCUGUUUUUAUUUCGGGUUACUAUGCAUACUUUCUUGCAUGUGUUUGUUCAUCUUCAGUAUAUAUAUAUAUAUAUAGUUCUUGUUUGUUUGUUUGCACAUUACUGUUUAGACCUGUGAUUGAUCAAUGUUAAAAAGUAUUUUAAAAAUCCUUGACCCUGCAUUUUGUUCCUGACCACAUGAUGGAGCUGUUGAGUAAUCAUUUCUGUGUUUACAGAUCUUGAAGCUUUUGUAUCAUAGGCUGUUCCUUGCAGGAAUACUCAGUCCUUGUUUCUCUACUGUACUAAUAAAAUGCACUUUCAUUUUU